UUAAUUUGAUCACAUUUCUUUACACUCUAAAAGCAGAUUAUAAAACCCCACUUUUCUUUUCUCUUCUUCUAUUGCUAGGAAACUAGUGGAUGAAGUAUCAUAUCUCCAUCCUUCUUUACACACACAUAUUUAUGUAUAUAUAUACAUAUAUAUAUGAAAUAAACUCAUGAUUUUUACCAAAAAAAAAAAAUAAACUCAUGAUAUAGUUAUCUUCAUGUCCUAAACUGUUUUUGAUGUUCCCUCUUCAAACCACAUGAGAUCAUGGAGACUCAUCAACUCUUCGUCUCUAUCCUUCUUGUUCUUCUUCCUCUUCCCCUAUGCUCCUCCCAAGAAAAUACCAGAAGCUUGGCCAUUGAUGUCAAUAGUCCCCUCGAUACUUCUCCAAUAUCCCAGAAACUAAAUCCAAAGCUUGUGUACGAAAUCAAAGUACAUGGCUUUAUGCUUUGGGCAUCGAUGGGUGUUUUGAUGCCAAUUGGUAUUAUCUCCAUCAGAUUAAUGUCUAUCAAAGGUCAACCUUUAAUCUGUUUUCGGCGGCUGUUCUUUCUUCAUGUUACUUCUCAGAUGGUUGCAGUGAUAAUUGUGACGAUAGGUGCAGUAAUGUCAAUAAAAAACUUCAAUAAUUCCUUCAACAAUCAUCACCAACGGCUAGGAGUUGGACUUUACGCCAUUGUAUGGUUCCAAGCUCUUUUUGGCUUCCUCCGACCUUCAAGGGGAGGAAAAGCUAGAAGGAAUUGGUUUGUAGGACAUUGGAUAUUAGGAACGUCAGUGGCUAUUCUUGGGAUAAUAAACAUAUACACAGGCUUAAACGCUUACACUCAAAAGACAUCAAAAGGUGCUAAGCUUUGGACUAUACUCUUCACGGCACAACUCGCCGCUUUUGUAAUGCUCUAUCUGUUUCAAGACAAGUGGUCUUAUAUCCAAAGCCAAACCAAUAGAACCCAAUCCGUUGAUCAUAACAGCAACAUCUCAACCGCAGAGCCUAGUCAAGGAGACGAGGUCGAAGAGACUAAACUAGCGUUAGAGAAAUGCUAAAAUCAUCCCCCCCCCCCCCCCCCCCCCCCCCCCUCCCAAGAAGCUAUACGUAAUUGAAAUUGUUCUGUAAAAUACUUCUCUGCUACUUUAGUUACUCUCUGAUCUCCUCGAUGUAUUUCACCUGAGUUAUCUACGAGCAGUGAUUCUAUUUCGGUUCCUUCCCAUAGUAGUUAUAGAAUGGUAAUACUUUGUGUUUC